UAAACACCGGUAAAUAAGAUGAAAGUUUAAAGUAUUUUGAAAUAGAGGUAGGUAGGUGUGCAAUUAACAGAACUGAAGAAAACCCUUUUCUUCUUUACUGUAAAGCUCCGAAAACUUGCCUCCCCUAAAUUGCCCACAGAAUUCAUCCCUGGUCAUUACAGAUCAAAUAUAGAGAUAUGCAAGACCAGAGAGGACUUGAGGAAGCUCCAGCUUCUAAAUUGCGGAAAAAGAAAACAUCACAACAAAAGGCUCCAGUGUUGCAAAAAGAAGGGAAUAAAGCAAAAAGGAUACAAGAUUUGCAUGCACUGUCAGUUCAAAAUGGACUAAAAACCACCAAAAGAGUCCCAUCGAACGGAGUUUCCCCAUUAUUCCAAUAUGCCGAGAAAUCAAUGCCUGAGUUCUCGACAGAUACUUCUACUUCUGGAAAUGAAUAUCGGGCAUUGAGGAGAAAGUAUCUAUUGCUGGAGGAAGAAAGUUUUGCUCUUGGUAAAGAAUUGAGAGAAGCCGAAGAUGAGAUUAAUGCCCUUGAAGACGAGAAGCUAACACUCCUUGAUGAACUUGUUGUGUUAGAAGGCCUAGUUGAUCCCUCAGAUAUUCAAUCCCAAGGCCAGCGAUUGUGAUGGUUUAAAUCUGUGUUUCAGUAAAUUGUUAUAUAUAUAUAUAUAUAUAGAGAGAGAGAGAGAGAGAGAAUUGUGUACUACAAUCCAAGUUCUGUUAGCAUAAAGUUGAGAUGUUAUAGUGGAGGUGGUAACGACGCGUUAUAUAACAUCGAUUAGUUGUUUAUUGCACGAUUA